UGUAUAUCCAUUUCUGCGUGUAUACAUACAUACAUAUAUAUAAAUCAUAAAUGGGUGUGUUGUUGGGAUUGAGGAUUCCGCUGCUGUGGCUGGUGUUCGCCGUGUCAGCAUCGGUGGGUCGGGCGGCGAAUACGGCGGCGGCGCCGGCGGUGGACUGCUCGAGCCUGGUGCUGAACAUGGCGGACUGCCUGUCGUUCGUGACGGAGGGGAGCACGGCGAAGACGCCGGAGGGAACGUGCUGCUCCGGGCUUAAAACAGUACUGAAAACAGACGCAGAGUGCAUCUGCGAGGCAUUCAGAAACAGCGCACAGUUGGGUGUCACGCUCAACGUCACCAAAGCCCUCACCCUCCCCACCGCCUGCCACGUGUCCUCCCCCUCCGUCUCCAACUGCGGCCUGAGCAUUGAUACCGGUGCUGCCCCAGCUCUCUCUCCAUUGGCUGUAUCUCCGAGCUCAGUUGCGGGCCCAUCAACUGAGCCCGUUGGAGCUAAUGAAGUUUCUCCGGCUUCGGGACCCACCGGCUCCGGCAGUUCCGGUUCUUCGUCACUCACUGUCUCGAUCGAGUUUCUAUUUCUUGCCACGUCAGCUGUGAUUCUAUCCUUGCCUCUAUUCAUGUAAGAGCACACAAGAAAGAUUCCGAUCUCUUUGCAUGCGCACCAAAUCGAUGUCUGCGACUUCAUUUUUCGGGAGUUAGUUUUUUUUUUUUUUUUUCCGGAGAAAAAAGAAGGGGUACAUAGAAUUGAAUUUGAGCUUAUUUUCUUGUAGUGUGAUGGUAUGAGAUUUUUCUUAUUAACUUGUAUUGAAUUUUAUUAUUUCUUUACUUUUUUCUUUUUUUUUUGUUUAUUAUUAUUAUGAUUGUUACCCUUUUAUUUGGCAAUGUUGUGAUUGUGAUGGCUUUUAUAGAACUAUUUUUUCAGGGUUUGGUU